UUGUUGAAACUUAUAAAUUAAUAUUAUUUCCAGUCGUUUGUGUUCAUUGUAAUGAUGGUUUACCGAACUGGAAAUAGCUCUGAUCCUACUGGUUGGGGAGCAUAUCAUGAUAUGGAGGCUUUUGGAAUAUUCACCUGCAUCGGAUACUUCUUUUUUACGAUAAUCGUGAUGGUUGGCAUGAUUGCUGGAGACUCAGCUCCUAUUUUUUAUCUUCUCUUUGAUUUCUGUGGAUUCUUGUUCUUCUUGAGUAUGGGAUCAAGAGAGAUUGAUAUCUUCAGAAAUUAUCCUGAAAAUCCGAUCCUCCCUAUCAGUGCGGCACUAGCUUUAGGAAGUAUGGCCAUCAUCACAGCAGCAAUAUUUCUAGUUGAUGUUGUCAUCCGAAUUGUUCGUCUCGUGAAGGGGAACAAAGACUGAGGAACCAAAAUUAACAGAAUUAACCGAAAAAUCAGAAUUUUGCUGAUGCAAGCAAAACAAAAAACUGAAAAAGUUUCAAUUCAAUUUUUUUCUCUAGAAAUUUAUUGUAUGCCCUUUUUCUUCUCUGUAGCUUCAUUCGACGUAAAAGAUGAAACCGAACUUAUGAUUACAAUCUCAUUUAACUUUUAUGCAGUGUUUCCAAUAUCCCCAUUUAAUGAUCUAUAAUCCACCCAGUAUCUUGGAAGAAUGAAAAAAAUACUUUUCUUUUUACGUUUCUCUUAAACUCCCUGGUUCUUAUAUUAGCUUUUAAAUAAUCACUUGAAAAUAUAAAUCUUGUUUAUGUUCGGUACAGUUUUACGCAGAAUUGGAUCUUCAGAUAAGGCAAACGAAAUUCUUUAAAAAUAAAAAAAUCUAUUUGAAAAAAAUUUUUGAGAAUUUUUUUAUUUUUGGGGCUUAACCCUUACCGCGAUUUUUUUGGUCACGCUAUUAGUUUAGUGAGCUUUUCAUGAAAAACCUGAAAUUUGUUCAAUGUCUCUUUAUAGCUGAUAAAUCAGUGCCUAAACACGUUAAUUAAACACAAUAUAAAAAUAAAAGUUUAAUAUAUGAAUAUUGUAUUGGAAAAUAUAUAUUUAAAAAAAUGUA